AAAUCCCAAAAUAAAUUUAAAAUUUCCAAAAUCCAAACCCAACCGGUCUCUCCCACUCUUCCUUCCGCGACACCACUUAUCUCUUUUUCUCUUCUUCUCCUUCUUCGCCGAACACCGCCUGACGGGCCUCUCCGGCCUACCUUUUUCUUCUCUCUUCCUGUCUUCCUCCAUUCUUCUUAUUCUUUUCCAUUUGAUGAUUGCCCUCCCCUGCCUUCCACGACGAUCACCAGAUCAUCAUGCGGCACCACCGCCGAACUGGGUCAACCAAACCAAACCGCGACCGCGAUUCUCCGCCGCACCAACCUCCGCCGAUCCAGCCCAGAUCGCUCUGCCGCAAUUCCAACCACCGCCGAACCGGUUCACCCAAGCAGAACCUGUUUUCCACCGCAUCGCCCUUAUGCCGAACCGGUUCGACCUAACCAAACCGCGACAAACUUCCGACGCCGUGAUUCUCCACCUCGACCCUGCUGUGCCACCGCCGAACCGGUUCUCCACCGUGUCGCCCUCUUGCCAAACCGGUUCAACCAAACCGAACCGCGACAAGGUUCCAACGCCGCGAUUCUUCGCCUUGCCCCUGCUGUGCCACCGCCAAACCGGUUCACCCAAGCCGAACUGCGACCGCCCGUGCUAAUAUCUCUUCACCCCUCUGGCUCGGUAGUAUCUCUUCAUUCCACAUUCCUACUACUGUCAAUUUUGAGAUUCUAUAUUGAGAAUUGGGUGAUUACUUAAACUGCUCAUUACAAUUCCCAUUGUCGAAUUUCAGUCCUUAAUAUCUAGGAAUUUGGUUUGAUCUUGGCGUCAAAUUUUCCUUACAUGGUGGUAAUAUUGAGGUAUUAGACUUAGUUUGCAAAAUCUUUGUUCUGAUUUUUUUCUUUUUGGAUAGAUUAUUAGACCCAUGUUCUUGAUGCUCUGAAACUGAUAUUUUCUAAGUGAUACAUCUGGAUAGUUGUCGAAUUUGGGUGUUUAGAUAUUGCUUUGGUCUGGUUGUAGUCUAUUGUGUGGCCGGCUAUUUCAUUUUGUAGAUUUCAUGGGUAAAGUUCGAGUUCUAACCACAAGCUCCAGUAAGGCUACUCAAUCAGAAGGAAUUAUCAAGAAGAAAUGCAGACAACCAUCAGUCCACCUCUUGUUGUGCCACGUAUUCCCGUGGGUGGCACCUCUUUCGCUGAUCAUCGUGCGUGUCGCACUGCUACUCAACUCGCCUCCACUUCAGUUGUUGGAGGUAAUUUGGAUUUUCCUGACCCCCAACACCGCCAGUGUUAUGAUCAAUGCUUGGAAGCAGGUCGAAAAAUCAUUACUGAGCCUGCUCGAUGGUGCCUCUGGAUAUUCCCUAUUUCAAGGUAAUGAAAUUGGUUACAAACUCCAACGGGACAUGGUUUUUUGUUGGUACACCAAUCCGCAGAUCUCAAGCUUCUCCAGACCUCCCUGCCUCUGAUUCCAAUCCACCUACAUCCUCCCCUCAAGGCUCCCAGAUGCGAUUUGAUCACUUGCGACCUGCACCCGAAUACCAACAAAUUGAAAUUUCAGCCCUUCGAGCUAAGAAUGCCGCGUUUAACACUGAAGUGACUACAACCCUCUCCGAGCUAAAGCUAAUGAUCUAGUCACUCAUUCCCCGCACAGAUUAACGUCGGCCCCUCAAACUAGAGAAGCAUCAUAUUUCAUUUCUCUUUCUUCUAUUUUAAUUUUUUCUUUCUUUCAUUGAAGACAAUGCAUAAUUCAUUGAUUGGUGAUAUGUUGAGAUGAGUCGACGUUUGAACCCUAUGAGAUUUGAGCCUAUGUUCCAAAAGUUAGAUUUGAAAAUAAACUUAAUAUUCAAGCUUUUGGAAUUUCUUUCA